AUGGGUAUUAAGAUUGAGCUUGAACGAAAACCGAUGGGACAACGCAUAGCAAAACACCACAUGCAGGCUGGAGUUAGACUCUAUCACCAACGGCAUCACCAGCAAGCUAUUGCCCAUUGGCGUUCAGCGCUCAAACGGCUCACAAAUCCCGAGGACAGAUUCGCAACCUUAGGCUAUAUGGCUCAAGCAUAUUGUGAUGCAAGUAAUUACGAUUCAAUGCUUCAGUAUGCUUUACAGCAAAUGGAGUUAGCCAAUGCCCUACAGGACGAGCAUUUCAAAAGUGAAGCGUUUCUUAAUCUAGCAAAAGCUUACGAAAAACUUGCUGACUAUAGUAAAGCAAUCAGCUACAGUAAAGCAAGCUUACAACAUCCAAGUAUGGAUCCCCGAACUCCCGGGUAUGCACACUUAGCAAUGGCUCUCUCACAAUUAGGUUUAAGCCAAUUCCAAGCUAGUCUUGAAGCUUUCGAGAAAUCUAUGAAUAUUGCUAAUUCUACGUCUGAUAAACUUUUAGAAUUGCAAGUCUGUGUCGGGCUUGGAAUGCUUUUCACCUGCCUCAGAGAUUUGUCGAAAAGCCUAAUUUUUUUACGAAAUGCCUUAGCGAUUCUGCAAAGUGUAACUGUCGAUCAUGUUCACGCCAAAUAUAGAAGUGUUACGCUUUGCCAAUUGUCUGUAGUUUUAAGAUUGAAAGGUCUGCUUGCAGAUGCCAAAGAAGCAUGUGAUGAAGCACUACACCUAUCAUCUGAAACGGGUAAUCGCUCUGUCUAUGCUCGAUGUCUUUGUUCGAUGGCUGAUAUAUUUAGGGAACUAGGCGAAACCGAAGCGAAAGAAACGAUAAUUAAAAGCUGGACACGUUAUGAAGAAGCGUAUCGAAUUAUGCGACAAACUAAUGAUCGUAUGGGGGAAGUUGUGGUGCUUGGGAGUAUGGCAAGGACGGCGUCUGAAAGUCGUAGUCAUUAUACUGGCCAGUGUGAAUGUCAGGCUAUUCAACUAAACAAGAAAUGUUUAGAAGUGGCAAAGACGAUUGGAUGUAAGUACGCCAUGCUAAAAUGCCAUCUGAGGUUACAAGAUCUUUACAACCAGCUUUCCGAUGAUGACAGCGAAGAGACGGCUAAAGAAGCUGUCACUUCCUUGACUCAAGAAAUGGAGCUCUUUUGUAACUUUUGUGGACAGUGCUACGGGCUCGAGGAAGACUCACUUCAGGCUCUUCGGUGUUCUCACAUCUUUCACGAGCAGUAA